CAAUCUCAAACCAUCGGCCGGGCUUUCUGCUGUUUCUGAGUCAAGCACAAUUCGAUAUUGAACAUGGAAUCCGAGCCAUUAGCCGCCAACUCCAGCCUCACCUCGCGCUCCGAGCCCGAGUUGGAGCAGCAGACGAGUUCAACAGUUGCGGGCUCGCAGAGCAACCGCUCAGUUCCCCGUUCGUGCUACGGCUGCCAUCGCAAAAAAGUCCGAUGUGACAAAAAAGAGCCAUGUUUGUCAUGUACACGGGCUGGGAAGCCCUGCGCCUACCCGCCGCCGGGUCCACGGAUACGGCGACCCAAGAAGACUAUCAUGGCCGACAUGGCCUCUCGCAUUUCCGACCUGGAGAGAUCUGUUGGCAAAGCUACCUCUAGAGAUGAAGAGACAUCGGUUCCGGUCCCGACGACUCCAGUUUCUGAAAGCUCUGAUACUAUAUCCUUGGCGCAGCCGGCCGCGUCGGUGCCCUCGAGCGGCAACUUGAGUAAGAGAUCCAGGGAUGACAUACUGGUCCAGAAGGGAUCAUCCAGUCAGUACUUUAACGAGAUCCUUUUGUCCAGGGUUAUAGAAGAGGAACGAAACAUCGAGUCCAUCUUGACGACUCCGCAGGCAGAGUCCCCACACCCUCUGACCUCUCCAUUCAAUGCCUUGGGGAUCCUCUCCGCCGCCUCCCUCUCACAAGUACCCUCCAGCUUUCACCCGCCUACGCCACUGGCCGUGAGACUAUGGAACAUCUACGUGCACAAUGUGGAGGGUUGUAUAGGUUUAAAACUUCUACAUCUUCCCACCGAUGAGAAGAAGGUUUAUUCAGUUAUCGAUGACCCCACCAAGGCAUCGUUUGAGAACCUCACCCUCUGUUUCGCCGUCUACUUUGCGUCAACAGUCUCUCUUGAAGACGGUCAAGAAGCCCAGGGGAUUUUAGGCCAGGAUAAACAUGCGCUUCUACUUAGCUUCAAGGUCGGUCUAGAACAAGCUUUCGCCCAUGGAGACUUCUUAGACUGUCCAACACUGACUGGGCUCCACGCCCUGGCCAUCUAUCUGUCGGCCCUACGCGUCCAUAACCGCGGCAAAGGGAUCUGGAUUCUGAACGGCCUGGCAAUCCGUAUAGCGCAGUCGCUGGGUCUCCAUCGCGACGGAAAGCGACUCGGUCUCCCGCCCUUCCAAUCCGAGAUCCGCCGCCGCCUCUGGUGGCAUCUGCUGAGCCGAGAUGGCCGCGCAGGCGAGGACUACGGUCUGGAACACACAAACGGCCUGACACUCGUGUCCGACGUCGGCCUGCCCCUCAACGUCGACGACACAGAUCUCUACCCGGAGAUGGAGGCGCUUCCUGUGCCGAAACGGAGCUGGACGGCCAUGACCUUCUCGCUGAUCAAUAUCGACCUUACAAAGUCGAUGCAAAGGUUGGCAGCCGCUGCGGCAGCUUCGUCGCCUUCGUCCCCUCCGAGAGAAGACGUGAGAGCAAGAGUCAUCGAGGAGACUAAAGCGCGGGUUGAGGAGUGGCUGGAGAGCUGCAACCCCAUAAUACCCCAGCAUCGCAUGACGCUGUUUUGCUCCCGUUUCCUCCUCCGGAAGCUCGAUUUUAUCACCAGGCUACAGUGGCUUUUAUUGCGGCAUGCUGGGCCAGGCGCGGAUUUCGCGACGGAGGAGAACCUCUCCGAGGCGUUGGCGAUCCUGGAACCGAGACUCUACAGUGAAGACGGCUUAUUGACGCAGUUUGCGUGGGCGCGGAAGGCCUAUCCACAAUACCAUGUCGCGCUGUACGUUCUGUGGCACCUGUGUGUCAAGCCCGAGGGCCCCAAUGUCGACAGGGCGUGGGAGGAGGUCGAAGUCUUGUUCUCUCACGAGCUGUGGGACGAGUCUAGCAUAAGGCUUGGAUCAAAGUCGGCGGUGCUGGCGGCCCUCAAGGCCAAGGCUGUGUCUGUGAGGGAGAAGACGCAGAGACUCAGGAGCCCGGCGAAGAACGCGGGACAUAGCGACUGUAAUUCGGGCCUAGUAUCGGGAGAAGACCCGUCUGGUGGUGGAGACCUUCCUGUUUAUCUGCUUGGAGAUAUGGGCAGUGAUGGGCUUGAUUUCAACAUGGGCGGGGAUGAAUGGCCAAACUGGGCAACACUAGUUCAGGGGUUCCAGCCUGAUGGUCCUGAUGUUUUGUGGCACUGAG